AUGAUUGAAUCCACCGACAUAACUAAGAGUGCAAAGACUGGCGACAACGCGGUUGUCACGACAAGUCCUGUUGAAGCAACCAGUUCCCUUGAAGCCACCGAAAUCGCCAGAGUUGGCGACAAUGUGCUUGUCACGACAAGCCCUGUUGAAGCGACUUUCCAGCAACUUCCUUUCGCAACUGUCGCCGAGAAGGUCAAGCCUCUGAAGAACAAGGGACCGCCGCCCAUCGAGUUCGGGGAAGCAGAUUCGGUGACAGACUGGGAUAAGCAUGUCUCAAAGUUUCGAUAUCUACAGGCAACAGCUUACCGCCGGAUCUUCUGUUUUAUCAUGAGCGUAAAUACAGCAGCACUCAUAGGGCUGAUGGUCGUCGAGAAAGGUCGCCCCUCGGUACUCUCUUACAACACAGCCACCUCGGCGAACAUCGCAGCCUGCAUACUGAGCCGACAAGAAAAUGUCGUCAAUCUCCUGUACGAGAUCUGCUGCUGUGUGCCUCACAGCUGGCCUCUACAAAUUCGCAAGCGCUUAGCCCGCAUCUACCACUACGGUGGUAUCCAUUCUGGAUGCGGCAUGGCAGCGAGCAUGUGGUUUCUCCUGCAAAGCAUCCUCGUCACUCUGGAGUAUAUCAAGAACUGGCGGAGCACGCUCUGGCUUCUCAACCUCAUCAGCAGCUGGUUCAUUGUCUUGAUGCUGGUCAUCAUCCGGUACUCCGCCUUCCCAGCCUUUCGUCGCCAGUUUCAUAACCACUUCGAAGCCAUGCACCGCUAUGCCGGAUGGUCUGGCUUGAUAGUCUUCUGGAUACAUCUCUUCCUUGUCAUUCUCUUGGAGCAAGAGAAGGAUAAGCGGAAUGGCUUCCAACAUGAGGAUUUCGGCCUCCUUUUGAUCAAGAUCCCCAGUUUCUGGCUGCUUCUUGUCAGCACAAGCUGUGGACUGGUAUCUUGGGGGCGGUUGCGCCGCCGUGAAGUGUUCGCAGAGACUCUCGGCGAGGGCUCGAUCGGCCACGCCAUCCGCUUACAUUUCAAGUACUAUGACAUGCCGCCCUUCUACGGUGUCAAGGUCAGCACUGAUCCCCUUCGCGAAUGGCAUUCGUUCGCCACCAUUCCCGAUAAACGAGGCGGCUUCUCAAUCCUCGUUUCCAAUGCUGGCGACUGGACGAAUGAGAUUGUCAACAACCCGCCAAAGUCGCUUUGGGUGCGAGGACGGCCGCUCCACGGAUUGGCAUACACGUCUCGAAUCUUCAAGCAGAUUGUCGUUGUCGCAACUGGUUCAGGCAUUGGACCAAUGCUAAGCCUAUUUGCCUCGCACGUUGUCCCAGCAAGGGUAUUGUGGUCGACUCCGAACCCACUCAAGACCUUCGGACAAGAUAUCAUUGACGACGUCUACGCGGCCGACAAGAAUGCGGUUGUCUGGAACACCAGGGAGCAUGGCCGACCAGACUUGGUGCGACUGACGAUGGGAUUGGUCAAAGAAUGCGAAGCAGAAGCAGUGUAUGUUAUCAGCAACAAGCCUGUCACCAGCAUGCUCGUUGUGGAACUUCAGGCAAGGGGAGUAAACGUGGUGGGAGUAAUCUGGGACUCGUGA